GUAACAUCUUUGUCAAAUGCUGCGUUAUUAACUUAUUGUUGCAGCGGUGGGAAAGGGUAGCAGUCGAUCAAUCAAUUUCGUCUCGAUGACGCCAGGCUGAGCUGCAGGAGGAAUGGCUAAUACGUACCACCCAAGUCGGUCAACGAUGGAGAAUACUAGGAAAGGAGGCAGGCACGCUUCCGUGCCUCUCUUACUGUUAGCGGUUAGGUCUGGAUCGGACUAUAUCGGACCAAAUCAGCAUUUGGAUCCAAGCACAUCGAUUCGAAUAUAAUGUAAUCGGUUUUUUAUCCUAUGAAUUUUAUAUGUAAUAAAAGAAAAUGGAUCGAAUUGAUAUUUGGACUGCAUUAAAGCUAACAUAUUUGGUUCCAUCGUUGCCUCUCAAUUGGAGCAAAUACCCUUGUACCGCCCCACACUACUACGGGGCGGGUAAUACCCGCGCGAGUAUGAGCUGGGACGGGUCGAACCACUCUUAUCUGAUAUUUUAAAAGAGACACGCAAAAUUUUAUUUAAAAAAAAAAACGUAGGGAAAAACACUGUAUAAAUGAAAAAUAGUUACAAUAGAAUGGGUAAUUGAGUUUAACUAGUUGAAAGAUCAAAUCUAACUAGCUGAAGAAAAGUCAAAAUAAGAUAAAUAUGAAUAACUACAUUAAGAAAUUAAGAUAAUAUGGGCCAAGAACGGGGCGGGACAGAGUAAGUAGAAAGUAGAUACCCAUUCCCCUCCCCCAGUCUACUGGGGGUCAGGUCGAGUAAUACCCGACGGGGCGGGUUCAUAUUCUCAUCCUACAGCUACACAUUGUUGCACACCGUAAUCUUAAGUCUAGUCUAUGUAAAUCAUAUUUGGUCAAGGCUCAAUUACACUAGUUUAUUAAAUUAACAAGGUGAUGGCCGAUUUUUGUAUGUGCCUCAUUCUGAGAUCGGAUCCGAUCUUUAAGUCUCAUUUCUUAAAAAGAAUCUUAAUGUUUUUCUAUUGACUGAAAGGAUUUUAUUAGUUUAUGGUAGGUUAUUAGUUAGGAGGUUAGAAAGGGUAAACUAGGUAUUAAGGUUAAGAAAAGGAAUAGUUAAUGGAAAGCAAGGUUGUCAAACCGGUUUGUACCGUUGCACCGGUUUGGCAAAUGGAAUUAUACGACCAGUGGUAUAAUUGGUGUGCGUCGGUUCAUACCAGUUUAAUAAAAUAUGUAAAAUUAUGAAAUUAUUAACAUUCGAUGUAUUUAAUCAUAUAUAAAAACAUAUUUAUGAAUAAUAUACAUGCAAUCCAACAAAUAACAUCAACUUUCACCUUUUAAAUUCAUAAAAUUAAUUUUUUUGUAUUAGUUAAAUUCUCCAAAACGACAUCAUUUUGGUUAAAAUUCGUAAGUCGAUCACAACAGUCAUACCAGUUUCAUGAAUGACACAGGUUGAACCAGUUUUAACCGACGAGUAUGCCACCGACAUGACAAAAAAGAGAAAGACAAUUACUAAAGUGGGCUGCGGCCCAAGAUUCUUAGGCCCAAUUGAGCUUUAUCUCCCUCCAAAUCCAUAUAGGAUUUGGAAGAUGCGCUUCCUCUUUCAUUGACCGAAGGCCGAAGCUCAAGCCAAGAGCCUUCCGUACCUCCCUAGUCCCUCCUUCUCUCUCUCUCUCUCUCUCUCUCUCUCUCUCUCUCUCUUUGGUUGCUGAGAAAGGCAAAGAAAGAAUGGGGAUCAGGUUCAUAUUGAUGGUGAACAAGCAAGGCCAGACUCGUCUUGCCCAGUACUACGAAUGGCUCACCCUCGAAGAACGCCGCGCCAUCGAAGGCGAAAUUGUCCGCAAGUGCCUCGCCCGCAACGAGCAGCAGUGCUCGUUUGUCGAGCAUCGCAAUUACAAGAUCGUGUACAGGAGAUACGCAUCCCUGUUUUUCCUGGUUGGAGUUGACAAUGACGAGAAUGAGCUUGCGAUUCUGGAGUUCAUACAUCUUUUAGUCGAAACCAUGGACCGUCAUUUCGGCAAUGUGUGUGAGCUAGACAUAAUGUUCCAUCUAGAGAAAGCGCAUUUCAUGCUGGAGGAGAUGGUCAUGAACGGUUGCAUUGUCGAGACGAGCAAAUCCAACAUCCUCAGCCCUAUUCAGUUGAUGGAAAAAACCUCCUAGGCAAGAACAGAUUCUUAAAUUUACAUUCAUUGUCGUCAUAUCUCACACUCCGGAUCUCUUACUCGUUUUUCGUAUUUAUGUUGAUUGAGAGACCUAAGAACUUCAUGUCACCAAUCAAAGCUUCUCUGCUUACAGUAAAGAAUGUUCACGCAA